GUUAGGGUUACUCUGUGCAUCAUCCCUGGGCACCUGUGGGUGCUUCAUGUGUCUGUGCCAGUAGAUGGCUCUGGUUUGAAGGGUGAGUGUCUUGAUAUUGAGAGUAGGACUGAGUGUAUCAGAAUAUUGAUGGUUUGUGACCAUGUUGAGGGCUGUAACUAUCUGUUGAGGAAAUGGGGUGCAACAACUCUCUCUGUGUGCCAGGGUGUUUUGGGGUAUAACUGGUGUUUUUGGGUGUCUGCCCGGAGUGUGGCCAUAUGACUGCAUGACUGUGCAAGUGGAUGACUGAAAGUGUGUGUCUGGAUGUUCCUGUUCCUAGGGUAGGGGGGUGAUCAGCUAGAUCUAGGGGCAUCCAGGGGUGCCAUUCCUUGUGUCUUGGGUGUGUGGAGUGUGCCUGUGGAACUUGGAUUGUUGGGAGGUGUCUCUAGGUGAUUUGGAUAUGGCUGGGGGACUGUCUCAGCAAUAAGGAUCUCAGGGGGCUGUAUUUCAGGGUAUUGAGAGACAUGGCCCAUGUUAGAGUCAGUAACUUUGGGCACAUCUCUGUGCUGGUGGUGUGACUGUCUCAGUGAGUUCAGGGGUUUGACAACGGCUGACCCCACGUCAUAGCUGGCUGGGGACAGGCUGUGAUGGUGGUUGGUAUCAGGGUAUUAGGGGAUAUGAUCGUGAGACUGUGUGUGUGUGUGUGUGUGUGUGUGUGUCCCUACUCAGGGCAAGAGGGGAAGCUGCCUCUGUGUGUGGCUGUCUUUGUAGCUUGGGAUGUGUGUUGCUCACCACAUCCUAAAGCACAAUCUAGGAGAGUCCCCUGAUCGCCCAGCCUCCUGCUCCCCCCUCCAGGGGUAUGACUGUGCUGCCCUGGUCUGGGCUUUAAGCCCCUGUGUAAAUAGUGGGCGGAUCUCCUGGCCUGACUGGUCCUGACCCAAGCUGGUCCACCACCCAAGGCACUGCCCACCACUGCCCACCCAACAUCCAUGAAGGCUCUAGCAGGGCAAGGGGAUGCCGCUGCCCCCACAAGGGCUAGACCCCUAACUUCACAGCCCCAGGGGGGCAGCGGCACCCCCUGUAGCCACCCCAGCCCUCCCUGAGUGACGCUCACAUUUUCCAGUGUUUAGAUUUUAUCCGCUUUAUUAAUGAGGCAGGCAAGAGGCCCAUGCCUAGGGGGAAGGGGGGUGCUCCUGCCCCCAUCAGGGGGAGGGGGUCAGGACAACUCCCUGGGAGCUCCCCUUCCUCACAGGGGUAGCUGGGACCAAGAGUAGCCCCCACCUAUUUCCAGGAGCCUAGAGAGGUGGUCUCUGUCACCCCAGGCCCCCUGUGGGCUGGCGCUAAGUGGAGCGGCCCCUGGAGGCCUGAGCAGGCAGCAGGAGGCCGCAGGGAGCUGGGGAGCCGCCCCUGGAGGGAGGGAGGGAGGGAGGGAGGGAGGGAGCGAGCGGCCUGCCAGAGAGCUGGAGCACAGUAGGCGAGGGUGCGGAGGACAGCAGGAGCCAAGACACAGGCGAUGGGGUCCCAGGGUCUCAUGCACCACCCGGUAAGGCUGGGGCUCGAGGAUAUCGGGUAGGGCUGGUGGGCGCCGAAGGAUGGGGCCGUGGCUCCCUCUUGCCUGUGUUCCUUGACUCCCAGCCCCAUCUGUCUGUUCCUGUUGCUCUUACCAUCGGUCCAUCCUCCCUAUCUGACCCAGCGGGUAGUUUUGCCCUCUCUGCCCUCACCGCCAGGGUAUCAAGAGAUGUGCGGUCCUGGGUCAGCCUGGAGGCCUCCGGGGCAGGAGUUCUGGAACUGUGGUGCAUACAGGGUGAGGUAGCGGUGGUCAGGGGUAGGGCCUGGGUGAGACAGCGGUGGAGCUCAGAGAUGGGAUUGUGGGGGACAGGGAUGUGGCUGUGGGGAUAGAGAUGCAACCAUGGGGACAAAUGGCCAUGAGAGCAGAAAUGGGACCACGGGUACAGUAUAAUAGGGGAGAAAAUGGGUCCACCCAUAGAGGUGGGGCUGUAGGCAUCAAGGAUGGGACUGGAGUUAGAGGUAACAUAAUGACUAUCAGAGAUGGGGCAUUGGGGUCAGAUGGGGGCCUGGGGUCAGAAAUGGGUCAGUGAGUAUCAGAUGGGGUCAGCGACCAGGAAUCUGCUGUGGUGUAAACAGGAGGUGGGUCCAUGAAGCCUAGAGAUUACAAGACACAAGGGCUGCAGCCAGGGGAGCCACAGUGGGCAGAAAAGGACGCAGUGAGAACAAAGUGAGUUUGGGAGCAAGAGCUGGUCUGGGAUGGUGAGAGGCAGAGGAGGAGGAAGAGUCAGGAACUGGGUAGCCAGGGUCCCUGGAGUUGCCGUGGGGUAACAUGGGCCCCAGUCAUCUGAGAUGGGACACCGGCUGGUCUCAGCCAGACAGUGGGCACUGGCCCUGGGUCAGGUUCAUCUUGCCCUCCUCUUCUCCCCAGCCCUACCCCUGGCACCUGACAUGAGCCCUUGCGGGCCCCUCAACCUGAGCCUGGUGGGCGAGGCGACCACGUGUGCGGCGCCUGGGGCCGCCAACGCGUCGGCUGGGCCGCAGUCGGGGCUCUCAGGCGCGUCGCCGGCGCUGCCCAUCUUCUCCAUGACGCUGGGCGCCUUGUCCAACGUGCUGGCGCUGGGGCUGCUGGCUCAAGCCUCCGGCCGCCUCCGGCGCCGCCGCUCGGCCGCCACCUUCCUGCUGUUCGUCGCCAGCCUGCUGGCCACCGACCUGGCCGGCCAUGUGAUCCCAGGUGCGCUGGUGCUGCGCCUGUAUGCAGCCGGGCGCUCGCCGGCCGGAGGAGCCUGCCACUUCCUGGGCGGCUGCAUGGUCUUCUUCGGCCUGUGCCCGCUGCUGCUGGGCUGCGGCAUGGCCGUGGAGCGCUGCGUAGGGGUCACGCGGCCCCUGAUGCACGCGGCCCGUGUCUCGGCGGGCCGCGCGCGCCUUGCUUUGGCCGCGCUAGCUGCCGUGGCCUUGGCUGUGGCGCUGCUGCCGCUGGCGCGCGUGGGCCGUUACGAGCUGCAGUACCCUGGCACGUGGUGCUUCAUUGGCCUGGGCCCGGCGGGGGGCUGGCGCCAGGCCCUGCUCGCCGGCCUCUUCGCGGGCCUCGGCCUGGCCGCGCUGCUCGCCGCGCUCGUGUGCAACACGCUCAGCGGCCUGGCCCUGCUGCGCGCCCGCUGGCGCCGCCGCUCUCAACGGCGCCCCCCGACCUCCGGUCCGGACAGCCGCCGGCGCUGGGGGGAGUCCGGACUCCGCUUGACCUCCGCCUCGUCCGUCUCGUCUGUCGCUUCGGCCUCCGCCGCCUUCCGCGGCUCUACAGGCCGUGGGUCAGCACGCAGAGCCCGCGCUCACGACGUGGAGAUGGUGGGCCAGCUAGUGGGCAUCAUGGUGGUGUCGUGCAUAUGCUGGAGCCCGCUGCUGGUGUUGGUGGUACUGGCCAUCGGGGGCUGGAGCUCCAGCUCCCUGCAGCGGCCGCUCUUUUUGGCCGUGCGCCUCGCCUCGUGGAACCAGAUCCUGGACCCCUGGGUGUACAUCCUUCUACGCCAGGCCGUGCUGCGCCAACUGCUUCGCCUCCUGCCCCGGAGGGCCUGUGCCAAGGGCAGCCCCGCUGGGCCGGGCCUAACCAGGAGCACCUGGGAGGUCAGCUCGCUGCGCAGCUCUCGGCACAGUGGCCUCAGCCACUUAUAGGCGUGCUCGGAAGCCCAGCAACUAAGCCAGACCAACCCGGGCUGGGCCCAGGUCCGCAGCGCGGAGCCUUCGGGGAAUAAAGCCAUAUUGCG